AUGGUGUUUCAUAUUAGCCGCAAGUCCAGAAUCAUUAUAGCCAUCAGUAUAUCGGCGCUGUUCUUCAUAGCGGAGCUCUAUGUUGCAUUCAGGACUCGCUCGUUAGCCCUCAUGGCAGACGCCUUUCAUUAUAUCAACGAUGUUGUCAGUUUUGUAAUAGGCCUCGUGGCCAUAAUGCUAUCUGAACGGAAAGAGACGCCCCCAGAGAUGCUCUCUUUUGGCUGGCAGAGAGCAACUAUACUGGGCUCUUUCUUCAAUGGAGUUUUCCUUCUUGCUCUUGGUCUGAGUAUCUUUCUUCAGUCCAUUGAGCGGUUUGUAUCUCUUGAACUUUUUGCUGAUGACGGAGACGUGCAGAACAUCAUGAUCAUUCCGGUGGACAUUCUCACAGUCACUCACACGGCGAGCAACAUGAACAUGCAGACGAACCAAUCAAGGACGAUCCACGGCACGUUAUGGAUGCACAUGCUGAACAUGCUGAACAUCGGCACCACCUCCAAGUUACCCUGGCCAAGGGUCAUGCCCAUGAUCUUGACAAGCUCGGAAGCCAGGUUUUACGCGGACCCCGCAAUUAGCACAUUUAUUGCCAUUAUGAUCUUCGUUACGGCAGUCCCACUGGUGCGGAAGAGUGGUGAGAUACUAUUGCAGAGUGUCCCGGUCGGUCUCAGUCCGUCUGAUGUUACGCACGAUCUUGAGAAGAUACCCGGGGUCGAUUCGGUUCACCACCUCCACAUCUGGCGCCUUGACCAGACCAAGACGGUCGCAUCUGUACAUGUAGUGGUUCAGGAUGAAGCCAUUUCAGACUUCAUGACAAAGGCCAGAACGGUGACGGAGUGUCUCCACGCAUAUGGAAUUCACACUGCCAUCAUUCAGCCCGAGGUUGCAUUCCAUCAGGGGCCAGCCCUGCCAGCAGUAAUCUCUGAUGAGGAUCAGGCUUCAAUAGGGAUCUCAACGCUAAUUCCGGCGUCAUCCUCGUCUUCUUCUAGAACUAAUACGGGGCAACGUGGCACAAGAUGCCAGAUGCCAUGCAGCAGUCUUUGUGAAGAUCUCAGGUGCUGCACUUAGGAGGUCCAGAACCAGAAUGAAAGUUGCUUUAGUGGGUUGGGCGAGGCCUCGGACGCUCCAUUGUUACUAUGAGGUGUGGUUUGGC